AUGGCCCUCAGUAUCCGGCAGAAGAGGGUGCGAAGAAUCUCCGGAAACCCAGUCGAUGGGGUUGUGGUGCAAGGCCCUGUGGAUGGUCUGGCUACUGGCACCCCACUCUAUAGUGUGGCGGUGCAAGGCACUAUAGAUGGAAGGACUACUUGUAGACCAAGGGGUUGGAGGUUUGGUACCUGGAAUGUAGGCACGUUGACAGGAAGAAGUUUGGAAGUGGUGGAGGAGCUGCAGAGGAGAAUGGUUGACGUGGCUGCAUUACAGGAGGUCAGAUGGAAGGGUGAGGGUACAAGGUUUGUGGGGGCUAAAGGUGGAAGAUAUAAGUUGUGGUGGAAGGGGGAUGAUGGUACGGGAGGAGUUGGUGUGAUGGUAAGAGAAGAGUUGGUGGAGAAGGUGUUGGAAGUGAGGCGGAGAAGCAAUGGGGUAAUUGUGGUGGUGAUGGUGUUUGGAAAAGUAAUAGUGAGGGUGAUAUCAGGAUAUGCUCCGCAACAAAGUAGGAAGGAAGAGGAGAAGGAUAGGUUUUAUGAUGAUGUUUCUGACGAGAUUGGGCAAGCGGGGUUGAAUGAGUUUGUGGUGUUGUUGGGUGAUUUGAAUGGUCAUGUGGGGGCGGAUGCAGACGGAUAUGAAGGUGUGCAUGGGGGAUGGGGAUAUGGUAUACGGAAUGAGGAAGGGCGUAGAGUGUUGGAGUUAGCGGAUGCACACAGCAUGGUGGUGGGGAACACUUGGUUCACAAGGGAACCAGCGCGAUUGAUUACUUAUAGGUCAGGGGAAAAUAGAUCGAUGAUCGACUAUAUAUUGGUAAGGGCCAAACAUAGGAAGUAUGUGAAGAAUGUGAAGGCGAUACCUGCGAAAAAAUCAAUUUGCGUGGCUGAUGGUCCACUUUUGUAUGUUAUGAGAUGUUCCAACCUCUUUUUAAAAUAUGUGUUCGGUAAAGAAAAACCCGUGACUUUCACAAAACUCAAGGAUGCGGUUGCCAUCUCCAUUCCGUUCUCCAUAGCCAAAACCGCCAUGCACGUUAUCAAAACCAUCUUUUUUCUCUCCAACGUGGCCAUUGAGAUCGCCUCCAAUCAGGAUUGUUUCGGAUUUUGGUAUUACACCUCCUUUUUAAGACCUGAUUUCUAUGACAUUUUCAAAGUCGUUAAUAGGGAGUACCACUGUAUAUAUAUUCCUCUGUUCAAAACAUCUCAUUUUGGCGCAAAAAUGCUUCUUGUGAUAGUCAUGACAUGGAAAUCAUUGUCACAUGAUCUAAAAGUAGGUUCGACGUGGUGA